CCCCACUCCGCCCCCGCGGGCAGUCAGCGCUUAGUCACGUGUGGAAUCAAGAAAGAGAUUUCUUCAUCUGUGUAAACCUCUCCAGGCCGGCUAAGGCUGCAGGGGUGCAGCCCUCGGCCUCUGAGGGCUAAGAUCACACUGAAGUCCACAAUGCAGCUCAGGGAGGACUGUGGCUGGACUUACGCCUUGGUGACCCUCAGUCUGCUGACCCUCAGGCUGUCGGCCGGCCAGAAGUGCCUGUCCCAGAGCCUAGAAGACAUGGUCAUUGAUAUCCAGUCGUCGCUUGCGAGAGGCAUCAGGGGCAACGAGCCCACCCAUGUCGCUUCUCAGGAGGACUGCCUCAACAGCUGCUGUUCCACCAGGAACAUCGCAGGGGACAAAGCGUGCAAUCUGAUGAUUUUCGACGCCCGGAAAGCAGCUGGACAGCCCAACUGUUACCUGUUCUUCUGUCCCCAGGAGGUGUCGUGUCCCCUCAAGACUGCGGCAGUGGGACUCAGCACACACAGAGUAAUCCCAGAUGCCCGCACGUCGAUGGGAGCUGCCGUGCGACCUCAAGAGUUGGCAGCCGAAGACCCCUCCCCUGGCCGGGCCUCAGUCACCCCCUCCACCCUGGGGCCCACCCACCCAGGGCCUACCCACCCCUCGGGCAGGGGUGCGUCUUCUCAGAUGCCCGAAACCUCAAGUCACUGGCAGCAGCUCCUCCAAACGUACCCCUGGGGGCCACGGGGGCCCCAGGGUCGCUCCCAAGGUCCCCUGCCAUUCUCUGCCCCUUCUCCCUCGACACCCGGACGGGCCACUCCCAGCCAGCCUGCAGUCUCAGCCCCUGUCACCCCUGAGCCCCCUGCAGCCCCCCAGCCCUCCCAUACUCCGGGGACCCCGCAGACACCCCCUGCGCCUUCCCAGUCCCCCACAGCUCCCGUGUCUGCAGAUUUGCCACACGCAGUGACUUCGGCAGCAGUGGUUCCCAGCACCCUCUUUCUGGCUCCCGGGGAGGAGGUGCAGGGCACCUGGGAAGCAGAGGCCCCAGGAGCCACAUCCAGGCCCGUGCCAGGCCCUACCACCCUCUCCCCGGCCUGGGGACACGGGGAAGCCAGGGGGUACCCCUCCCCCCCUCUGGGGGGCGCUCAGCAGAGCCGGGGUGGCCUCCCCUUUGAGAGGUGGCUGUUACUGGGCACCCUGCUGUCGGGUGUUCUGCUGCUGGCCCUGGGCCUCCUCCUGUUGGGCAGGGCGCUGCUCCAGGCCCUUCGUACCAGGCCCUACUCCCGCCUCGACUACCUGAUCAACGGCAUCUACGUGGGCAUCUGAGGGACGCCACGGGACGCCCACCCGCGGGUCCUCUCCUACCACUUGAGCCACAACGCCACUUCUGGCCAUUUU